AUGCCUCGACCUCCUCUCAAGUCCAAAGACGCUUGGGAGGCCCAGAAAGAACGAAUCCACUCUCUUUAUAUCGUCAACAACCGUACUUUACAGGAAACUAUCGAGAAAAUGAAAGUGAUUCAUGGCUUUGACGCAAAGGAAUAUGUUAAACGACUCAAUUCUUGGGGGAUGUUCAAAAAUGCCAAGAUGCAAGAUUGGAAGCAUGUUCGAGAUCGUGACCUGGAUAAGAGAGAGACCAGGGUAAGCAUCGGCGGUAAGGUUAUCAGCUGCGAGAGGGUAAAGCGGGCAACACGACGAUACAAAUUUGCACCCAAUGACGAUUCAAGAUCAAGUUCCAGCGACCGCGGCAUGUUAUCGCGUAAAGACCAGCAAGAUCCCUUGCUCGGUAAGCUUGAGGACAUACUUGGCGACCUUGAGUCUGACAUGGCCGACCAUGGGUGGGAAGCGGGGAGCGAGGGAAUACCAUACGGGGAGGAGGGCGUUCUUAGACAUGAUGUUAGACAGGGUCCUCAUCCGGUUAGCGCGCUGGGGGGUCUGCUUGUCUGGAUAUAG